AGUGACGUUCGCACGACGCGCAUGUUCGAUCCGACUCCAGCACGAACGCUGAAGGGCCACCAAGGCGCCGUGACAGCCGUCCGCUUCAACCCGGCUGGAACGUACUGCGUGUCGGGCGGUGCAGAUAAGACAGUCAAUCUGUGGAAUCCACACUCUGGCAUGCUGCUCAAGACGUACAUUGGACAUGGCCACGAAGUGCUCGACCUCGCAACAGCGUCCAACAACGAGUGGAUUGUUUCAUGCGGCGGCGACAAGACCGUCAUUCAAUGGGAUGUAGCGAGUGGAAACAUACUGCGCAAGUUACGUGGGCAUCUUGCGCGUGUCAAUUGUUUAGGGUUGAAUGCAGAUAAUACGGUAGUUGUAUCAGGAUCAUAUGAUGCUACAGUUCGCAUCUGGGACUUGAAAUCCAAUAUGCGCGAUCCCGUACAAACCAUGAAAGAAGCCAAGGAUAGCAUAUGUAGCAUUCAUAUCAUGAAUCAUGAAAUGGUUGUCGGAUCGGUUGAUGGAUCUAUUCGAAUCUACGACGUCCGAGUUGGGAGAGUGACAACUGAUACCAUUGGAUCUCCUGUUACUUCCGUGCGGUUCUCGAGCGAUGGAAACUGCAUUCUUGCCUCGACUCUUGAUAGCGCUGUGCGGCUUCUAGACAAAGACCUCGGAAAGCUGCUCGGAACAUAUUCCGGCCACGUUAACGAGUCCUAUAAGCUGGACAGUACGUUUGCUCUCAACGAUUCGCAUGUCCUGAGCGGAUCCGAGGAUGGCAAGCUUUUCGUUUGGAGCCUUGUUGAGGCCAAAAUUAUUCAGACCAUCGCCGCGCACAAAGGAGCUGUUCAAGGCGUCUCGCACCACCCUUUCGAACCUAGCGUGCUUACUUCUGCAGUGGACGGGCUGAUCAAAGUGUGGAAACCGCCGGCACCAGCUGAACAAGAUGAAAUUCCCGACUACGACUAGUUAAUCACAAUCAUUUAUGACAUCUUAAGACCAAAAAACACAAGUAACGAAAAAAU